AUGGAUUCUGCCUGGCACAGGAGGUACAACCCUUAUGGUCGGCCGAUUAGACCAGCCUCGAGAACUAGCGGAACUCGGAGGACGUGGAACCCAGACGUGGCCAGGCGCAUUGCCAUGCGCAUGGGCAUGGGCGGCCGAGCCUCGAUAUCCUUCGACGACCAGAACCCGUUCAUAGACCCACAGCAACCCCAGCCCGCACCUGUUCUUCCACCCCAAACGGCCGCAAGCAGCUUCGGAAAUCGCGAGUCGAUACUGAUUUUCCAGAACAACCUCACCGACGAUGGGCGGAAAUGUGGGGCCCAGGACACGGUCACCGCCGUUUGGUCGGCGCUCCAACAAGCCCUCGGCGACAAUCCCAAGAUCUUCACCGACUGGCCUCUGUCCAAUGAAGGUCGCCUCUUCACCCACCAGCUCGGCCACGACCUUGUAGGCCAUUUCAGCGGAAUAAUUGGAACUCAGAAGCAAGUCAUCGACGAGAUGAAAGCCCGCGCCGAGCAGAGUCUCCGGGCGCCCAACCAGGGCAGAGACCGGGAUUCCGACUUGAUGGACCUCGAUUCGCCUAUAACACGCUCCAGGCGCUCCUCCAGGCGCUCCUCGGUCGACAAGACGUGGCUCGAGGCCUUCCCGAAACGCUACCACGCCGCCAUCAAGGGCUUCGCUCAGAAGUUCCUAGACGUCCGGCUGUACGCGAUCAACCAGAAGGCCGGCGUCGACGCAAACCCAGUGCUUAAUGAAAUAACACCAAGAAUGGGCGAAAACAAGUUCGAUUGGCGCAUCAAGGCCGCCAAUGUCGUGUACAGCGCUGGCGACCUGGUCACUGACUACACAAUCGCCACGGCCGACAAUAUGCUCGAGGCGCGCCACGGCCCUGUCAUCAUGGACUACUUCAGGGCCGCUUUCGAGGACGUUUAUGGCGGAAUGAGGCCUGAGGAGGCAGCUGCGAUUGUCGAGAAUGCGGACGUGUAUAAACACCACCUCGACUUUAUCAACAAGUUCAUCACUGCUAGGGAUGAUGAGGUGGAAUCCUGGAGGAACGGCUGGCUGUCGAAUCGCCCAAUUGAGGACAAACGUGCGGCGUUCGAGCAGAUCAAAGAUGCGGACGCGGCGUUCAGAGGCUAUGUCGCCUGCCUUGUCGACAUAUCCAAUAGGUUCGGUCCAGAUAUUAAUGCCUUGGACGAAAACGACCGGGAGAGGCUGGACACAGCCGGGGAAGAAGUCAUUGACGAAGUUGGAUAUUGGGUCCCGUGGAAAACGUUGACAAUCCUCGCGCAAGAGACCGAUUGGGAUCCAACAGAGUUCCUCCGGAAUUGA